AUGUGUGAGUGGAGAUGUGUCAUCUGUGUCCGCUUUUUGCUGACCUUGCUCCUGGAACUGACAUACCAGUGACCUCCUGGCCCAUCAUCAUCAAGCACAAAGCUAUUGAUGAAAAGCUAUUUCAACCGAUCGACCGUGGUUUCUCACUACGCCCACACAUCGGUCACCUCUGCCCUGUUCAAUCCACAUGUGGAGGCCCAUGAAACCAUCUGUCACCUGGAUCUGCCUCGCCUUGCCUUUAUCUCCAAUUUCACCACGUAAACCAUCAACGAUAAAGUCUAUGUUGCGGAAGUCAAGGAGAAGCACCAGGCAAAGAAAAUCUAUGAGGAAGCCCAUCAGCAGGGAAAGAUAGCUGCUCAUGUAGGCAUCAGGAACCGGGAGUCAGAGAAGUUCCGCAUCUCCACCAGCCUGGCAGCAGCCACAGAAGGGACUUUCCUGGCCUACGAGGAGCUGCUGUAGCAACACCAGGGCCAGUACCAGCUGGUGGUGAGCCUGAGGCCUGGCCAAUUGGUGAAAAGGCUGAGUGUAGAGGUGACAGUGUCAGAAAAGACAGACAUUGGCUAUGUUCACAUACCACCUCUGAGGACCAGCCGCCUGCACAUCAACACCCACACAUGUGAGGCUGACUUGCCCCCACCCACGCAGAUGGAGAGGGGAGAGACCUGUGUCCGAAUUACUUUCUGCCCGACACUGCAAGACCAGUGUGCCUUCUCCAGCUCAGGCAUCACGGCCAACUUCGUGGUCCAGUACGAUGUAGUCAUGGAGGACAUCACUGGAGACGUGCAGAUUUACGACGGCUAUUUUAUUCAUUACUUGGCCCCCAGAGGCCUCCCAGCUGUUGAGAAAAACGUGGUGUUUGUUAUUGACGUGAGCGGCUCCAUGUUCGGUACCAAGCUGAAGCAGACUAAAAAGGCCAUGAAUGUGAUCCUUUGUAACCUGCGGGCCAGUGACUACUUCAACAUCAUCUCCUUUUCUAACACUGUUAGUGUCUGGAAAGCUGGAGCCUCCAUCCAGGCCACCACUCAGAAUGUCCACAGUGCCAAGGACUACGUGGGCCACAUGGAAGCUGAUGGCUGGACCGACAUCAAUGCAUCUCUCCUGGCAGCUGUUUCAGUGCUGAACCAUAGUAACCAGGAGUCUGGGAAGGGUCCCAGUGUGGGGAGGAUCCCUCUCAUCAUCUUCCUGACAGAUGGGGAGCCCACAGCCGGGGUGACGACCCGUGUGAUCUUCUCCAACAUCCGGCAGGCACUGGGCAACAGGGUGUCCCUUUCCAGCUUGGCCUUUGAGGAUGACGCUGACUUUCCCCUGUUGUGUUGCCUGUCCCUGGAGAACUGGGGAGCAGCCUGGCGCAUAUAUGAGGACACCAACGCAGCCCUACAGAUGGAGGGCCUCUAUAAGGAGCUCUCCAUGCCUUUUCUGGCAGACGAUCUGGAUUACCUGGGCAGUUUGGUUGGGGCCUCCUCUUGGGCCCUUUUCCCCAACUACUUUGGUGGCUCAGAGCUGGUAGGCCAAGUGCAGCCAGGCGAGCAGGAACUGGGCAUCCACUUGGCAGCCUAUGGCCCUAAGGAUCAGCUUCUUGUGGCCCACCACAGUGAGGUGGCCACCAACAGCAGCCAGAAAGUCUUUGGUUGCCCAGGGGAGCCAGCCUCCAAUGUAGUCCACUUCAUACGCCACCUCUGGGCUUAUGUCACCAUUGGAGAGCUGCUACAAGCAUGUUUCCAAACCACCACUCACCAAUUACUGGCUGCCAAAGUCCUCAACCUGUCCCUGGAAUAUAACUUAGUCACAUCUCUGACUUCACUGGCCAUGAGGCAGCCCAAAGAAGUCAGUGAGGAGGCAAGGAGACAGACUUCCACCACAGAUGGACCAGGCACCAUCAUGCCAUCCACUAGCAGGCAAAGCCUAGGGGCAGGCACAGCCCAGCCAGCCUUGGUGUCCAAGGUUUCUUCCAAACCAAGGCUUGUGAAACCAAAGUUCUUCUUAUCCUCAACUACUCCUGCCUCUACAAAGAUGCCUAGUUCCAAGGAAUUGGAGCCAUUGGGUCAGUGCCUUUGUACCCUAUCCACCCUUGCACACCCAAAGCCCAAAUUUCCAGCACAACAGAAUUCUGGCACCUUGGCUCAACCAAUGCUCAGGAUGAAACCUGAUGCCCUUGUGCCCUCAAAUUCUGGUGCCAUAUUGCUUCUGAAGUCCAAUAUGCCAUUACACCAGAAUCCUGAUACCCUGUUACCCAUGAAUUCCAAGACACAAGUCUCACCUCUGAAUCCGGGCAUCCCAGCCCAGCCCAAAGCUGGCACUAUGAAACAUAUUACUCAACCUGGUGCUCCAUCACAACCUAAACUAGAUGCCUUAUCACACCUCCAGCCUGGGCUACUCACAUCACAGUCACCCAAAAGCCUGUCACAGCGCUGGCCUAGAAUGUCCACACAUCAGAUCCUCAAAAACCCACCACAAAUCAGAACAAGGGUUCCUGCUCCCAAGACCCCAAACAACCUGCUGUACCCUAAACCUGGGAUCUUCUUACCCAAGACCCCUAAAAUCCCAUCACCUCUUAAACCUAGUGCCCCACUUCACCAAACUUCCCUAGGCUUAUCACUUUCCAAACCUAGGACCCUAAUCCCCAAUAAACCCCAAACCCUAUUACCCACUAGACCUGCAAAACUCCGGCGCCCACCUCCUCAGAGCCUAAGCACACUCCCAAGCACAAUCUUAAGCCCCAGCAGUACCAUGACCAUUUCUGUCCUUGGAGAACCCCUCCCUACUCCCUUUCACCCCACCCUGCCCUCUCUGCUGCCCCCUGGGAGGCUCUGGCAUCAGCAUGACCUGCUGAUAGAGCCCCAAAGCACCAGGCAAAUUCUGGGACCGUCUGCAUCAGGAGUCCGGACAAUGGGCCUACCCAACAGCUCCAGGCUUAUUCCAGAAGGCAGCCCCCCAAACCUGCCAGCCUUGCUGCCUUCUAGCACCCUCCCUGAGGCAGUCAGCCUGCUCCUUCUCCCUGAGGCACUAGAGCUGCUGUCUGAGUCAAGGGUGGAGUCCAAGUUCGCAGAGUCUUUGAAUCCACUGGCUUUCUGUACCUUCUUCAUGCCUGACAAAGAUGGAAAUCCACACUGGGAUGGCAAUUCUGAGGAGAUCCUGGGAGGAGCUGGAGGCAGCAUGGAAUCUCAGGGAAGUUCUGCAGGACUAGCAAAAGGCUUGUUGCCAAGCAUCUUCACCUUCUCAUCCUCGGUGGAUGGGGACCCCCACUUUAUGAUCCAUAUCCCACGCUCAGAAGAGAGGAUUUGCUACACACUGGGCGGGCGCCCAGGGGACCUGCUACAGCUCAUAGAUGACCCAAAGGCAGGGCUGCAUGUGCGUGGACAGCUGCUUGGGGCACCAUCAAGGCCAGGCCACAAAGACCAGAUCCGCAUCUACUUCCAGAUCAUCACACUUACUGCAGACAAACCCUGGGCCUACACUGUCACCACUACCCGCAGUUCCAUAUCUGUGCAAGGCGAGGGUACCUUGUUCCUGUCCUGGGACCAGCCUGUCCUACUGAGGAGGCCCCAGCUGGAGCUCCAUGUGGCUGCUGCAGCCUGCCUCACCCUCUGCCUUGGGCCCCACCUCAAGUUCCUAGUUCUCUGGCACUGCUACAGGAACCCCAGCACUCUGCAACUACCCAACCUGGGGUUCUGUGUGGUCAGUGGCUCUGGUCUCAGCCCCUCAGCCCAUAGCCUGCUGGGGCAGUUCCAGCAUGCAGACAUCCAGCUGGUGGCAGGGCCUAUGGGGCACCAAGGCCCAGAUAUGCCUGUGGUCCUAGGCAAGAGGCUGCUGAAGGAAUCACUGAGGCUGCUGCCCCGCUAGGCUUCCUGCUGGCUGGUAAAAUGCUCUCAUGUACAGCGGCUGCUGGGCCACCUCUACCUUGCCUAUGUCAUGUGA